GAUAUUGUAUACAACAUGAAUGCUGUUUGUUGCUUUUCAAGUCUUUACACCUAAUAGUGUCUUUCAUCAUCUGUUUUCUUCUUCUUCUUCUUCUUCUUCUUCUCCCUCUCUCGUCUCCACAGCUCAGGUGUCACAGCAGUAGCGUCUCUGGCCAAGGCUCGCUGAAUAAAGAUGCUCGUGUACUUGGAGAGACAAAGCACCGCUCAAAUCGUAUGACUCAAAAGAGGAGAAGGAAAACCACCUUUUUUAAUGCUCAGGCCAACGGUUUGGUACAGUGGAGAACAAUGCGAGUCCUCAGAUUAAAAAAGGACAACGUUGUUUUUGAGACAUGGAGGUGCUUCCCUCGAGUGUCUGGAAUAUUUUGCUAGUUGAGCCUUGACGACAGCAUGGGGUCAAACAAGCCGUAGUUGUUUUUGCCCCGCUCACCUGACUUGUGUCAGCAUGUCAACGCAGCAUAGAUGAUUUGCCCUUUAAAGAGACAUAAGUGGGAACCAGCACGGUCUGAUGAUGUAGCAGCUACAGGUGAUUUACAUGUGGCCUAUGAUGAUUCAAGACGGUCCAACCGCAGUCAGUAUGGAAGUGCAGACAACUGCUUUGGUCUGGAUAUUCGUUAACAGGACAGAACGACUGAACUCUUCAUAUGAAUACAACACCACGGACCUGAUUGAACACUCAGACAAAUACCAAUCUUACACAAUUGGUCUCUUCCUUUCCUGUCUGUACACAAUCCUCCUUUUCCCCAUUGGAUUUAUUGGCAACAUUCUAAUCCUAGUGGUGAACCUGAACCACCGAGAGAAGAUGACCAUCCCCGACCUCUACUUUGUCAACCUGGCGGUGGCUGACCUCAUCCUGGUGGCCGAUUCCCUCAUCGAGGUCUUCAAUCUGAACGAGAAGUAUUACGACUACGCCGUCCUCUGCACCUUCAUGUCCCUUUUCCUGCAGGUCAACAUGUACAGCAGCAUCUUCUUUCUCACGUGGAUGAGCUUUGACCGCUACAUCGCCUUGGCUAACUCCAUGAGCAGCAGCCCACUGAGGACUAUGCAGCACGCCAAGCUCAGCUGUGGCCUCAUCUGGAUGGCCUCCAUCCUGGCCACCCUGCUCCCCUUCACCAUUGUGCAGACCCAGCACAGGGGCGAGGUGCACUUUUGCUUUGCCAACGUCUUUGAGAUCCAGUGGCUGGAGGUGACCAUUGGCUUUCUGGUGCCCUUCACCAUCAUUGGUCUGUGCUACUCUCUGAUCGGACGCAUCCUCAUGAGGUCCCAGAAGCACCGUGGAUUGUGGCCACGGCGGCAGAAGGCCCUGCGCAUGAUCGUGGUGGUGGUGCUGGUGUUCUUCAUCUGCUGGCUGCCAGAGAACGUCUUCAUCAGCAUCCAGCUGCUGCAGGGCACAGCUGACCCGUCGCAGAGGACUGCUACCACCCUGUGGCAUGACUAUCCGCUCGCGGGGCACAUUGUUAACCUGGCAGCUUUCUCCAACAGCUGCCUCAACCCCAUUAUCUACAGUUUUCUAGGCGAAACCUUCAGAGACAAGCUGCGUCUCUUCAUCAAGCAGAAGGCCAGCUGGUCGGUGGUGAACCGCUUCUGCCGCCACAGCCUUGAUUUACACCUCCCGGUCAGGAGUGUGGUGUCAGAGGUGUGACCGCUAAGAGGAGGGACAAUUGUUUUGAAACCAAAUCCACAAAAUAUGCUUUAAAAAAAAAGAAAAAAGAAUCUUCAUAUCAACUAGGGUGAAACAUUACCUCAGCUUUCUUUCAACUGUUGAUUAGCUUUGCCUCAUUAUUGUACCAGUAUCUCAGUCCACCUGCUCACUUUCUGAACAAAAACACAAAAGCACCGGGAAUGUGCACUCAGAGGAUUGAAAAUGACUUGAUGUGUGUAUCUUUCGAAGUAGACAACAAUGCACACAUACAGUACUUAAAGUGAUUUUCCAUGUUUAUCUGCAUGUUGGACUGUUUUCUUGAAUUGGAUUCGGUGUGUUAUUCCCUCCCCAGCCUGUGGUAACUGAUGGAUAGGUGAAGAGAACAGUGUAACAGUGUGAAAGACAGACAAUAAUGGAACAUUUUACAUGGGUGAACUCGGAUACAAAUCUUCCAGAACGUUUUCUGGGUGUGUGGUAGAAAUAGCAAAGGCUGCAUCACAGCUGCAUCAACAUGCUUAUAUAGGAAAUACUGCAUCAUAUAAAAUCCAAUGAGGCAGUCGAUUCCAGAUGCAAGAGAAAGGUGAUUUCAGUUUGAAUCCAUAUGAUGAUAAGAAAUAUAUUUUUCCAGAUACUCAAAACAUACUUGCAAUCCAUAUCAACAAAAUGAUGAUAGAAAUAAAAGUCGAGUAUCAAAGCAGAAACACGUCUUUAAAAAUGUAGGAUCCCACAGUUAAGGAACAAACUGACCUGCUUCUCAUUGCACCUCUUCAAAUAAUAUACAAAACCAGUUUCUUUGUACUUUUCAGUUACCCCCUUUUUUCUUGUAAUGGAAAAGAAAAUGGCAUUACAUGAAAACCAAACAAUCAGAGGACAAUGCAAACAAAUGUUCACAAAUGUAUUUGUUUUUAUUUUUUAAGGAAUAAAGAAAAUGUCACAUUUUCUAGAAAUAUAAAGUGA